CAGAGAUGUCCCAGGGUAAUAACGUGGACAGUGUAAGAAGCUCUCACACAGUAACGCAUGUGAUAGUUCUUCUGUUCCAUGGUGUAACCAGACGUUUCACAACCCGCAAACCGCUUUUCGUAAGCCGAUGCGGCAGUGUCACGCCGGGCUUUCGGUUUCGGUCAGGCGAUUUAUUUCAUUGACUCGAUCGGCUCUGAGCAGCGAAACAGCCGGCGGCUCAUAGCGGCAAUUCGCCGCUGCCGCAUAUUUGCGCUGCGCCUCCGCGUUCAUACCUGCCUGCGCGGAGCCGGACGCGGAAGCCGCUCACUGCUCACUCGCAACUAGGAGAAAAAGCGCAUGAAAGUGCUGUCCUCGAAAACUCCACUACAAAUGGCAAAGAAGGAAUAAGGCGGAUUUAAGAGGACAGUCUACUUUCAUUUCUCUCUGAAGUGGAAUGAUUGUCAUUUCUUCACCGGCAUGUUUUUCAAGAAGCAGAUUCAGGAAACUAGCCAUGAGGCAUGUGGAUGUGGUCUACCUCAUGGGGGCACCAUUGGUGCUGAUCCCCUUCUUCGUCCAUGGCGAGAAGAUGACCGCUACUCCCAGCCACAGCAGGCCUGCAUCGAGCUGAGCGGCAUGCCUGCUGAGAAUGGCAGCGAGACCCCGCUGCUGCCCCCAGUGCGCAACCCACCGUCGUACGACUAUGUUCUGGUUGGCAAGAACAUUGAGGACCCGAACAGUGAGAUACGCGCAAAGCAGAAGGAUUUCAUAGCUGCUUUGAAGCAGAAGGACAUUAAGGUGAUGGAAAUCGUGGACGAGCAAAAGGUGUUUUAUGGGAUCCGCGCCCCGAACGAGAUGUUCGAGAAGUACAGGUACCUGCUGAAGGUGUCCGAUGCCUGCAACUGGAGCUGCGAGCAGCAAAGAGAGGUCAUCCUGUCCACCAGGAUAAGGAUCGUUCACUUCAUCCUGGAUCACACAUACAUAAAAGUAAACUCUGAAGAAGAGAAUCUUGACCAACUCAUCAAGAAAAAUGUGUUUGAGACCAAAUUCUGUCUGCACGAGAAAAAGAAGCAGAAAGAGCUGACACAAAUUUGGGCACGGUGGUCUGCUUGUUUCCAGAGACAACCCAUUACUGAAGUGAGGAGCUACUUUGGGGAGAAGGUUGCCCUGUACUACCUGUGGCUCGGCUGGUACACCUACCUGCUGAUUCCAGCGGCCAUCUUGGGGAUUGUUGUCUUUCUCUACGGUUUGGCGUUCUUCAACACCAGCCCGCUCAUAAAAGAGGUAUGUGAGGCAGAUAUCAUCAUGUGCCCACUGUGUGACCGUCAGUGCAAAGUAUGGAAUCUGUCGGACACCUGCACCUUUGCCAAGGUGAGCAUCCUGUUUGACAAUGAGGGGACGGUAGCCUUCGCCAUGUUCAUGGCUAUCUGGGCCACUGUCUUCCUGGAGUUUUGGAAGAGGCAUCGAGCAACAUAUGUCAGCAAGUGGAAGGUGUACGACUGGUCUGAGGACGAGGAGGAGCUGAUUCUGGAGAUUAUAAAUGAUCCGAACUGUGAAACCAAGAGGUACCGGCACUCCUACCUGCACAGCACCACGGUUCUGAUCCUCGUCACACUCAUGCUGAUGCUCAUUAUCGGCUUGGCCCAAGCCUUGGUGGUCUUCCGCGUGAUGGCCCAAGUCCAGCUUUCGGAGAGCAGCUGGGAGUUCCUGAGCGACAAUGCCAACACUGUCGCUGUCAUGCUGGGAGCCGUGCUGCACUACCUAACUAUCACCAUCAUGACCCGGGUCAACAGGAAAGUGGCCCUCAAGCUCUGUGAGAUCGAGGAAACACGCUCAUACGCUGCCACUGAGCGGAGCUUCACCGUCAAGAUGUUCACCUUCCAGUUCUUCACCCUCUUCUCCUCACUCAUCUACGUGGCCUUCUUUCUCGGCCGGAUAAACGGACGUCCUGGAAGCUACGUGCGUAUCGCAGGGAAGUGGAGGCUCGAGGAGUGCCAUCCCAGCGGCUGCCUGACGGACCUCUUCAUCCAGAUGGCUAUCAUCAUGGUGCUGAAGCAGACGCUGAACAACAUCUUCGAGUUCACUGGGCCCUGGCUGAGGCGGUAUGUGAAGAGGAGGACGACCAAGAAGCUGCAGAGGAAGUGCGGCCACUGCUAUAAAAAGGAAUGCAAGGAGACGGAGGAGGGCUCGGAGAUCUGCGAGAGCUGCAAGCUGCAGAGCUGGCUGCGCAACUACCGGCUGACUGACGUCAACGCCUUCAGCCUCUUCGAGGAGUUCCUGGAGAUGAUUCUCCAGUUCAGCUUCACCACUAUCUUCGUUGCGGCCUUCCCGCUGGCGCCCUUCCUGGCUCUUGUCAACAAUGUCUUUGAGAUACGCCUGGAUGCCAUUAAGAUGGUCAGCCUGGAGCGCCGGCUGGUGCCUAAGAAGACCAACAAUAUCGGCAUUUGGUCCAUUAUUCUGGAGGCCAUUGGCGUUCUGGCAGUCAUCGCAAAUGGACUCGUCAUCGGAGUAACUUCUGACUUCAUCCCCCGACUUGUGUACCUCUACCGAUAUGGUCCGUGUGCCAAUGGGAAUGUAACAGACAUCAGCUGCAUGAGUGGAUACAUCAACAACUCCCUGUCCACAGUGUGCGUGAAUGACCGAAACGUAAUCAAUGACUUCACGCCCAAACAGCUGAUCACACAUAAUGGCCUCUCCGUCACCCAUUGCAGUUAUAAAGACUACAGGAACAGUGAGGACUACAGCUUCACUUCACAGUUUUGGCUUAUCCUGGCCGUGCGCUUUGCCUUUGUCAUCCUUUUUGAGCACGUGGUCGUCAUCUGCAAAUUCAUCGUCGCUUGGUUUGUCCCGGACAGCCCACACAAAGUUAAAAAUGACAGACUGGAGGACAAGUUGAGUAGACUGAAAGAGGAGCUCAGCUUGUUCAAAGAGAGAAGAGCGCAGUGGCAGCGGAGUUCUGAUGCGUGAUGGGAGGGACAGCCUUGCAGGACACAGGGCAACAAGGGGGAGCAACUGGGAAACAAGGAGAUGAGGCCUAGUGAGCGCACUGCGAUUUCCCAUCAUGCUCCAUCACCUCAACACCAGAACGCUUCCUUACCUAAACUGUGAAAAUGAAACCUAGCUCAAGAUGGAGGUCAAGGAAGGGGUUUUUAGGUGCCUCCUAUGUAAGAGGAGGUGAACAUAGAUGAAAGAAAACAAAGACACAAUCCAAAGACUUGACCAUUUGUAUUCACCCUGGGUCUCACUGGUUGUGCUCAGCCUGUCCCGGGGUGCUGUAAAGAGAGGAAAAAUUAGGAUGAUUCCAAGUAGGGAGAUUUCAGGAGCUCCCGAGGACCAUAAAAAAUUUGGAACAUACUUGGAUUGGUCUGGGUUGGGGGCCCAAAAUCUCUAGCAGAACCCCUGAGUCUGUCUGUCUGUAAUUCCCAUCUAUGCCGUAAGGCUGAAUGAAUGACCAGGUGCUGCAAUGGCUUAAGAACCUCAAGGGUUCUACCUACAGCUCAUUUCCUGAGCCCAGGAUCAUGGGCUGGACUAUGGAACCGCUCAGGAUGGGACCAUGCGGAUGGAAUCACGAAAGUGGAUCUAUGGUCUCCUCAAAACCUCAGGAGGCUGCUUCUGCAGAUAAGGGGUUAUGGACUUUGGAACGCUUGUGUCCUCCUGCAAAGCCCAGGUCUGAAGAGCUCCCCACUACAACCACUACCAUCUUAGAAAUGUUUUAUAACUGAGGCCCCCAUUUUCUCCUGGGCUUCAUUUUGACAAAUUUAUAGAAUACUUCUUCUAGGUUGCCAUGAACUUCCAAUGGAUGGACUUCUUACAUAGCUGCAGGAUACAUACUGUACAUACAUAAAUAUAUAAAGUGACAGAGGCUGCUGGAAGGUGGAGAAGAUGUCGUGCUACAGAGAAUGGACACCGUUUGUGCUGAUAUUCUAUCUUCAUGUUCUGUUGAGGACAUCAGGCUCCUGACGUGUCAGCCUGCUAACAAUGGAAUCACCAUUCAUUAUAAUUAUCAUGUAUUUUGUUUGUUGUAUAACGUUGUAUAACACUGUAACACUUGAAUCGUGAAUGGUCAGAAUGGGUCAUUGAUUUGUAUGUAUUUUUGUCCUUAAAAACAGUUUAAUUUUGAUAAUAUGCCAUCAUGAUAUUUGUGGUAUAGACCCUCCUUUCUAAUUUAUGUUUCACAUUGCCCACUGAAUGGGGGAGUGGGUGGGAUAUUUCAGCCAGGUAUCGCCCAUCAUUUAGGACACAGAAAUUGUGUUUCCCGGUGGCUGAGUGAUGAGCUUCUCCCUGUUCUGGUAUCAGGGUGGGCUCUCUGCUAAUUGACAUUUGCCCAUUUCACAAAAAAAUUAAACCACUUCUUUCUUUAUUCCUCUUGGUACAUUUUAGGGAACUGUAAAUAUAUCCAGGAUGUGUUUUAAUCUAAAAAAAAAUGGCGUGCAUCAUUCAGAGUGACUCAGAGUGCUUAUCAUCAAUCGUACCAUGUGCCCCGAUACAGCAACACAAAUUAAUUAAAAAAAUGUACAGGUUGCAAAAAGGGUGAACCAGGCACCAAAAACAACAAACAUUCAACCUGCAGAUGCUGAAAACCAGCUUUCAUCGUCACAUCAAGUCCACAUGUGAAAAAAGUGUUAAAAAGUUUUUUUAUUUUUUUUAUUUUAUUUUAUUAAACCGUAUUAAUAAUGUAAUAAUAAUGUCUUUAAGUAGACUUUGGUGGUACUAGUGCUGAAUUUAGUUACUUGUGACCCUUAGCUAAUUUAUGACAUUAUGACAUUUUGGGGGCUCAGAUGCAGGGCUGGCACCUCAAACAUUUUAACUGGGCGAGUUUGACGACUCCUGUUGCUCUGUGUUACUGGAGUACUGCUUAUAAUGUGUUCUUGCCAAUUAUUUAACAGUUAGAACAUAUAAUAAAAUAUCCAUGUAAGGGGAUCUCUGGGCUUGGAGAUGGCUUAUCUUUCUGGGUAACAAAUAAGUGUAAUCCAUUAAUUUUGUUAAUAAAAAUACUACUUCAAGUCUC